AGAGAAUCCAAGAUGGCUGACAUGGAGGAAGAUGAGGACAUAAGAGUCUUGGUAUUAAAAUAUAAAAAAUAGUCUUGUUAUUAGCUUUUUCGUAGCCCAAAAUGACUUAAUAAUAUUAUUAGUAAAUUUAUUUUAUAUCUUACCUACACAGAGGCUAGAAUUUGAGUGGUUGCUGAGAGAACAUGUGCCUAAAGUCUUGGCUCAGCUUGGUUCCAUACUGCAGGUAUUGUUAUUCCUUCCUCCUUCAUAUUGUAAUUGGAUUAUAUAGCCUUAAAGCUUUACUAGAAUUAUUUUACUUUAAUCAGGUAAGAUGGAGAGAGUCACUGGCACGGUAUUCAAUUUUGUGGUCAGAAAUGUGAACAAGGAUUGUUUCACAGUUAUGAUAUAAGUAGCAGCUACAUGCAAAAGAAUGCAGAAACUAAUUGAAUCAAGAAAACAUUACCAUCCUUCCCUUCCUCCAACAAAGAGAUAGAAAAGAAAAGAGAACUUUAAGUACCACAGUUCCCGUUGAGUUUUAUUUCUACAUUUGUUUGGUCCUUUUGUUUUUGUUUUUUUUUUUCUUGCUUACAUUUUGAGAUUUUUCAAGCUAAAACGUAUUUUUUAACAAGUGUGGUAAAAGGCAAAAACAUCAAAGGCUUAACUACAUAAAUUUUCUAGGUAUAUUUGUUGGGGUGGCUUGGUGGCUCGUAAGUCCUGGCUGACGAGUAACUGAGCCGUGGAGCCACUUAUAAAAUAUAUACCUUUCUCGUUGACUGACAAGCUAUCAGGCCACCGAGCCACAAAAAUAUAUAUCUUUACUUGCUCUUUAAAUUUGAUACUUUCAUCUCUUUUUUUUUUGUCUGUCGUAUACUUAUGUCUUAAACAUGUAUCUUUCUUGUUCUUUAAACACUUGUCAUAACUAGCGAGCCACCGGGCCACUUCUGUUUAAGACCUUAAAAUAUGGCCCUGUAUAAUAUAUGCUGUACAAUAUAUGCUUGGUCAAAUCAACUGAAAUGGAUUACCUUAAUUACGUAAUUAAGCUUCACAUGAAAUUUAAAGAAUUAUGUAGUUAAUUUGUCAGUCAAUUCUGAUAUUUUAUGGCCUUUACUUAUUGUCAUAUUUCAAAGGAAUGUUCCAAAUGCUUAAAACUCUCAAGCAUACCACCAAAAGGACCCACAGGAGAAAUUCAAGGUAGAGAGAAUUUGAUGGAACAGCUUAUUAUCUUACUCAAUGGGAUAUUGACUGAUUGUUGUUGAAAAUACUCAAGUGGUAAAAUAUUUUAGCUCAGCAAGAAAUUGAAGGGAUGGGUGGGAUAAGUAGAGUGCAAAACAGCCUGUAUUUUUGGCUAGUUCAAGAACGUGAGCCGUCAAAUGAAAGGUCCAGGGCAAGGGUAAAAACGAGGAUCGAGACUGGGUAGAGAUGGGCCAGAGAGACUUGUGCACUUCAUAGAAGAAUCUUUCAUACCCGCACUUCAUUUGUGCAUUCUGAACCAAUUGUGCGUGGAAAAGAUGUAUGAUUUGCAGUCUAUGGAAUGAGGCCCUAAGUAAGUCUUUUGGUCUGUUAAAUUCUACCUUUUUAAGAAAAUGUAAUGCAAUUUAGAAGGAAAAAUAAGCAGUUUAUCAAAUUUCACUGGGAAACUUCAAUUUUUUUAAAUUCAUAAUAAUUUUUUUGUCUCUAUACACUGCAAGCAGAGGUUUCUCUUUUGCAUGGCUUUUAGUGAUUACAAAGUCGUUUGCAUGGCUUAGCUUGACUGUCACGUGCCAGCUAUGUGACAGAAAAGCCACGCAAACGACUUCAUUAACCCUAAAAGCCAUGUAAGAGAAAAACCUCUGCUCGCAGAAUAUUGCCUCUAUAAAAUAUUUCCCAUUCAUCCAUUUGUGUUUUUUUCCUAGGCAUUUGUAUUUAUAGGGAGUAUACAUUACAGUCAUUUCAAAUGAAAUGUGUGUUACAAGUAUUUGAUAAAAUAUUUAAUGACAUUAUUCGGUUAUAUGUUAUGUUAUUUGACUGACAAUUAAGGGGAAAUAAAGACUCAAGAUUACUUCAUGCUGUCCACACCAAAGUAAGUUGAACAAUUUACAUAAAAAAUUAUAGAUUUUAAAAGGAAGGUUAAGGUGCAGAUGAGCCAAGGAGGUUCACAUAACCAAAACCAUGAGAGACCAAUAUUUAUUUUCUGUUAACAAUACAUAAUCAAAAGAAAAGAUAACGAGAGUUAAUAAAAUGAUCAGCUAAGGGAAAGUGCUGUGAUCUUAAAACAAAUUCUCUUAACUAUUCUUAAAAGAAAUGUGAGGAGAUUAGUCGGGAGAAUUUGUGUGUGGAUUUUGGGGUUUAAAGAGUUAACCUUAAACCAGUUUCUGAAGCAUGGAGUACCAAAGAGUAUUGCCCCUUCUCCAGAGAUGGGACCUGAUCGAAGCAAGGCCAUCAGCCCAGCAGUCUGUCCCAAGUAUCCAUUUACAGAGAUAUAGUCGAGCAAGGAAUUUAAAUGCCAAAGACAGUGCUCGAUUCACAUGAUUAUUUGAAUUUAUUACAGUAACUACUUGUUCUAUUUUGUAUUACAGUAGUGACAUGCUGAAAGGCUAUGUUGCUGUUGAAGGGGAAAAUAUUUCAAAAGCUGUGAGUAAACUGCCAAAAUAUUAAAUAAUGGUAUUAGCAUAGGUAAUAGCAUGAUUAGUAGUGAUAUUUGGCAUAAAUACCAUAGGUGAUAUUUUAUUUGUUAUACGUAAUUUCAUGAGCCGUUAGGCGAGUGAAAUUUGAGACAAUUUUGAAAUAUCACGAGUGGUAUUUAUGCCAAAUAUCACGUACAAGGAUUUGUGCUCUGUUUCACAGACAGACUUAUCUAGAGUUUAGUUUCAUGUGUGGCACAGACUAACUUACCAUAGCCUGCAUGGCAGGCUAUCCCCUAUCCCCUAUCCCCUAUCCCCUACCCCUUUCGACGCCUGCUACGCAAUCCCCCUCCCCUUUUUCCCUUCCUCCCUAUCCCCUAUCCCCUACCCCUUUCGACGCCUGCUACGCAGGCUAAACUUACCAAUACUACCCUCAAGCUUGACAAACAGUUUACUACUGGUGUAGCUCCGUUAUUCCUCCUAGGAUACAGCAAAGUAGACUUUUUAGUCAUCUCCAAUGUGUAAGCAACUGAGUAAUGUAACAUGCAACGUUUUAAACUUAAUUGUGACUGUGUUCCCAUAGUUUAAAGCUCUUCUUAAACAAAAAAGAAAAUAGUCUAUUGAGACAUUUAAAUUUUGGUGUUUCAUCAUCUUCAUUUUUCUUUGUCUUUUUCCAUCCACACUGUCAGGACCUCAAAUUCAAACUCCCCAAAGUUUCUAGUUCUGGAUUUCGUGUAUUUGUAAGAGAACGAUUACCAUGGAAGUUAAAACAGGUGACAAAAAAACCCUUUUGCUGUUUAUAAUAGUAGCAAUAAUAAUAAUAAUAAUAAUAAUAAUAAUAAUAAUAAUGUGAUUAAUAAAUAUCCAAACUCAAGUGCAAUUUCCUGGAUAAGAGCUUAAGUAUCUUUAUCAUCGUCACUCUACAAUACUAUGCUUGAGAGGCUAAAGAUCCAGAAGGUGACAGCUAGACUUUGUUGACUCAGAUGUACAGAUCGAAAACAUUAGGGCCUGCCCAAAUUAAUCUUUCUUUUUUUAGAAACAUUUGAAAGAAACUUUUUAAAGGUAGAGGCUGAUAGACAUAAUGGAUGGUUUUGUCAUGCACAUGUUUUACAACGAAUUUAUAAUAUAUAUUUUUCAACUAACUCCUAUGCUUUUAGUUUUGAGAAUUUCAUGCAUGUAUAUGGCAAGGAACUAUAAUAUUACCCUACUGCAUUUUUUCUUCGUUUUUGUGUAUAAAUAUCCAAACAUUUUAGUGUACCAUCUAACUUUGUUUUACGGUUGCAAAUUUAUACAUUUAGAUCCAGGAUGCUAUUAACUACUUACAACUUGCUAUUGAUAAAGUUCAAGAAACUAAAGCAAAUUGUAAUUUCUCUUCUGGACAAGAAAUUGGCAAGGUAUUUUAAUAUUUAAUAUGUCAUAUGUUUGAACUGUGUUUGAUGUGAAAGAAAGACAGGGGAAAGUAAUGCGAUAACCUUCAAUGAAUUAUGUUAUUUUAAAAAUUUUAACAGUUUGUUAGGCCCUAAUCCCUUCUACAAAUUAUUGGUGGAAAAUCCUCGUAAAAUGUUUCUUUCUGGGUUUCUUUUGGUUGAUUCUCAUCUAUGUGAUUUUCUAAUUUAUUUUAUUUACAUUAAAUAUCAGCAGUAGUUUCUUUUUCCCAAAUAAUUUGUAUUUGGUUAUAGUUCAUAGGUAUUAUUCACAAAAUCAUUUACCAGUUCUUAAUAUUGUUGUUUUCUUUAUGACAGGUUGUAGAUGAAAUAACAAGUUUUUUGACCAAGGGAAAAACAAGGCUGUCUUUGCCUGAGAGGACACCUGUUUUAGAUAUGUUAACAUCUGGAGACCAAGUAAAUGUUACUUGUUUUUUGGCAGUGCUAACGGUGACAGAAGAAUGGAAGCCCAAACAUAACGGGGGGUGGGAAAAGGAUUGUUAGGAAAGAGAGAGGAAUUUUUUGACUGCACUAAGUCUGAAACAUUGAUGGAGAGUGUCUUUGUUUAUUGUCAAAAAUAGACUUCUAUUCAGACUCACAAGAGAAUAGUAUCUCUCCCUAAGAUUUCAAGUUGCAGGGCAUAAAGAAUUAGUAGGCAGUCAGCUGAGUAGCUUCAACCAGUUGCAAAAGUACUUGAGACACUGUUUCGUAUUUUGGCAUAAAUGGCCUGUCCAUGUUCUUGUGCUUGUGAUCCCCCCUCCACCCCUUAUCAAAGUUGCUAGCAAUACAAGACUAUGCUCAAAACUUGGAGGAACAACUUUGAAUGGGAGGGAGGAGGGAGGUCAGUAUUAUAUCUCACAGACUUGUGACCAGCAGGGAUUUGAAGCAAGAAAGGUCGUUUUUUCGUGGGAGUGUCUCAACACUUUUGCAACUGGUUGUAGGAACUUCUUUUAGUGCUAUUUCCUGGCAAUUGUAGAUUGAAACUAAUGUGAUGAUGUCAGCAUGUUUCCCCAAAAUAAAUUGAUCUUCACACUCUUGGCACAUUACACUUGUAUCUACUAGAUUAUAAUUUAUUUAACCCUUUCAGCGGGUGUUCAAGCCUGGUAUGCCAGAUGAUGUGGUCGCAUAUUUCUGUCUCAAUGGCGACAAACUCGUUCUGUCAGUCUACACCUUAACAACCCUCCCUGUACCACCUCAAAAUAGUGUAAGUUUAUUUCAACAUAGUUAUUGUAAAGUUGUAUUGAAAUGAAAAACAAAAGUGUGCCAACUCCACAUGAACAGGAGCCAAAAUUAAAAAGACAUCCUAAGCUACAGUAGGAUAUCUCUUAAGAUUAUGCUUUCGUACUAUACAAUGGCCCUGGUGUUUGUUUUGAGACAAUACUUGAGGUACAUCUAUAAACUUUGUGAAUCCAGCACCUGGCUUGCAAAGGUUCAACAUUUUCCCCUUACAAUGUUUCUUGCUUUUGACAUAGCACUAAUCAUAGCAAUGUUCAGGGUUUAUGUCACUUAAACCCUUCUAUAGCAAAUUCUCUGCAACUGUGUGGAGUUGUUGUAUGUUAGUACUGGAGGAGUUGCAGCUGAAAGGAAACUGAUACCUUAACACCAGACCCAAGUUCCGGAGAAAGCAAACCUUGCCUUAUUUUCGACCCAACUGGUUAAAAUCUCUACUUUAUUUUUAGAAAAUUUUAAACACUUUGUUAAGAAAUUGCCUUCUCUAGAUUUAAUGCAUUGUAAUUUUUUUAGUACUUUUGCUGGUUUUUAAUUCCUUUUUUAGCUUUUAUGGUUUUAAUUCUUAAUUAUGUAAAACUGAAAUAGUUUUUAUUACUCUUUAAUUUUUCACACAACCACAUCAGUGUUGCUCUAAUCUUAUCGUGUAUACAUAAAAUGCUUUACUUUUUUUAAAUUACUUAUUUACUUACUUCCUUUCUCAUCACAACUUUCUUUUGUAGUAGUAAUUAUUUUAUUUAGAUGUCAAAUUUCAGGUGUUUGUUUACUCUUUAGAAACCUCCCCAGGAUAAUGACCCUGUUGGACAAACAUUGUGAGUAAUUUCAACGAUAAUCUUUUACAAUCUUGUGUAAUAUUUAAUAGUAAAAAUUUGUAUUGAAAUCUAUCCUUUUCACUGUUCAUGCACAUUUAUCUGAUGUGCAAGGGCUUCAUUUUCAAGGUUGUAGGGAUUGUUAUUUUUGUUCACUGAAAUGUGUUCUUCUUAAAAUAUAGCUUAAGGGGAAAAGAAAAACAAUUUUGUAGUAGUAGCUCUGCCAAGCCAAACUUUGGCCUGAGUCACAUUGUUAUUAAGUAGUAUUAUAGUUUCAACCACCAGCCCUCAUCAACAGUGCAUCUCUAUGAUACUUCUUUCCUCAGGAUCUUGUAAAAGUACCCUGUGAACUAACUGCAUUCCAGGGGUCUUUUAACAUCUCUAGGCGUUGGAAAGAAGAGAGACCCUGGGAACAAGUUUUUUUUUUUUUUUUUGAAGUUUAAAAUUUUUUUAAUAACAACAAAAGAUAAAACUACGUAUCUUAUGUUACAAUAAAACGGAAGAUAAAAAACUAUGAUAAAAAUAUCUACAUAUAUAUAUAUAAUUAUAUAUAUAUAUUAAAAAAGUAUGUCAUUACAAUAAAUGGAGCUUAAAAAUCAACCUAUUUACAAAGGAGUUCAUAAAACGCUGUGUAUUAAUUUUCGGACGCGCGCAGCCUUUUGUCGUAGGAUUGUGUACACAAGUCUUCUGGACAGGAAUGAUAUCUUUCAGGGGGUGGCAAUCGGUUGAUAUUCAUUUCUUUAAAUGUUUCGGUCUUGUUUAUUUAAAAGAUCCUUGAUAGAAACUGGAAAUGAAAUAAAACGGCGUUUAUGGCAUCGGUCUAAAAGAUUUUGUAUAACCGUGAGAUCGGACUCCGAUGCCCCAUAGACUGAAAGCGCAUAGCUAAAAUUAGGUAAAACAAUAGAUAUAAAAAGGUGAUCUAUCUCUGCCUGAGAGUAGUGUUCUGUUCUUAGUGUUCGUAGGACGUGUAAACACUUGUUUGCUUUGACAAGCUUGGUUCUUACAUGCUCAUUAAAUUUCCCGUUACUCUGUAGAGUUACUCCUAGUAAAACGAAGCUAUUACAUUGAGGAAUAUUGUUAAUUGGAGAGUAGAGUACAUUGUGAUUUUUCUUUCUAACAACAAGUUUGCAUGUAAACAGGGCACCCAGUUAAGAUUGAGUAAGCGAAUCAGGCCUCCUUCAUCCUUCGCACUUCUUAUAAUACUUGCAACUUCUCACCUUUUUGUGCUAUGCCUAUAAGGACUGUUUACAUGCUUUGGAAAAGUGACCAUCCACUUCAACCGCCAUCACUAUGCGCUUGACUUUAUAACCGCGAUUAUUUUUUUUCCUCAUGCAGUGAGUUCAAUGGGAAAUGGAUGGAAAUCACAAGUCACUUCGAGGUAAUUUUUGGAAACCAACUUUAGUGUUAUCAACUGAAUGAAUGUUGUCUGAACACUUUUUUGCACAAUAAUGCACCAAAAGUCUUAUUAUACGCAUUUCUAUCAGUGUUCUAGGAAAAACUGUUCUGAGGUCUUCCGCCCAUUGCUUAAUACACCCAUGAGACCAGAGGACUUUUUUAUUAAUAUUUACCUGUAUACUUUGCAACUAAAAUUGUUACCACCUAAAACUCGCAUGCUGCGCAACACGAGAUGCGUUUCGGUUGAAAAAGCAAGUCGCGCGUGUAAACAGUCGGCACUUCCGGCGCGAGUUUUCGUAGCCAAAUGGAGGCUAAUUCGACGACCGUUUUGCAGUCUGCAACUCCAUAUUCCGCAUAAAAAAAUAAAAAUUUCUAUCUGCCAUACUUGUUUACAAGCAGUUGCGUAUGCUUAUUGCUAAAGAUGCUCUUCAAAAACAUUUUUUCAUAAAAUCUCAGGCCGAUUGCGGUGAAAUUACCGCUCACGUCGCGCCACAAACCACGCCGCAAAAUCGCCCUUGUAAACCGCCCUUAAACAUUUUAACUUGCUUUCAACCACAGAUAACCGCUUAAAUGUGCAACGGCAAGUAAUGGAGAAAUGUAUUAGCCUUCAAUCGGUUUCAAAUCUGCACAAGUUUAAAUAUUCUUCUCAGUAAAAAAAAAACCCUGAUGUUACAUAUUGUCAUUACUUACAUUCAGCAUAGCUAAUCGAGGGUGGCCGGGGCAGUCUGGGAAGGAGAGAGGGAGAGGUAAAGUUUAGUAUUGGUCACUUUAAGGUGUGAGGUUCUUAGGGGGACGAUUUCGCUUCUUUUACUGGCUUUUACGAAGUUACACAGGUGUAACCGGUCAAGUCACCCGAAAGACAUCUCUUCUGAAGUGUAUGUCGCCCGAAUGUUUCAGUUAUGUCGCUCGAAUUCUAUCAGGUGUAGUAUACAGAGAAACAAAGUUUAAUAAAGAGUGCGUGUAAUAUAUCUCGUUCUUUUAACCAUCAUGAGAUAAAACAAGCGGGAUAGAUGUAAAACCUACCUCGUUCUUUAAGCGAUGACGAGACGAAACAAUCGGGAUACUUGAAAUACAUCUCGCUCUUUAAGCUUUGAUGAAACGACACAAGCGCGAGAAAUGUGUAAUAGGUAUGUCAGAGUGUUGUUGAGCACGAUAAAAUUUUGGGCGACAUAUCUUCGGGCGACUUGAGCGUAAACCUACGAAAGGAACCUUGAUCAACCUUGAUCGUUUUUCCUCUUUUUGCCAUAGGUUGAUUGUUCAAUUCCCAGAUUAAGUGACUCUGUGCUGCUAAUUGGAGCAGCAUUACGGCUCUGCCAGCAAUUAAAAGAUAAGGUUUGGAUCAUUUCUUUGAAUUAUAACGCUAAAGUGAGAUGCCGGUUCUCACUGAUGCACGUGGAGAUUUUGUGAAAGAAAAUCACCUCUGGUUGACUUUGGUAAAGUGAAUAUGCAGAGAUGUAGUUACUACUAAACUGCUGUUAGGAUCUUUAUCAUCAAGAAAUUAGACAGCUCAAACAACGGUGACAGCGACACCAAGGGCAACGAGACCGACAAAAAAGCAAUACGUUUAGUGAGCAAAACGACAACUCAGCAUGUGCUUCACACUUUUUAGUAAAUUUCUUUGCCGUCUCUGCACCGCUACGAAGUGAAACUUCCUUGUUUCGUGUGGGAAGUGAUGACGAUUUUCGUUUUUUUUUUUCUUCCGCACGUGGGUACAGCCCGCAAGAAUUUAGCCGGCGAAGGCAGACGUAUCUCCGGUUGUCUCUUCACUGCCCCCAAGCGACAAACGGAAAUACGUCUGAAUGUUAGGCUAUCAAGAAUUGAACUCCAAAAACUAACAGCAUGAUUGCAUUUUUAAGCGACGUUUUCGCUGGCGUCACCGCCGUUGCAAAAGUCCCUGAUCAUGUAGCUUGCGCAGUAAGCGUUUGCGCGCGAGUUCUUUGCUGAUAUUAUGAAGAAAAGAAAAAAGUGGGGCCGUGGUUGUGAUAAAAUGAUGUUGUUGACAGUGAUGCUGAUUCUGUUUUUUUCAACUCGUAAUAUUGAAGUUUAAAGAACUUAACCUGUUCCUAGUGUCCUACCUGAGCUGUUGCUUUUUUAAAAAGACAAAAAAAUGUGUCACCUUGUAAUACUAAACAAGGAUCAGAGUCAAUUUGCGCGCUCAUGGUACCCCGCACCUCGCUCAUUUCCAGUCGUUCCCGUUGAUUCGCGCGUCUUUUAGAAAAAUGCAUGUUAACAGUGUUUAAGGUUGAAGAGGUUGAAGACUUUUUCAUUGCUUUGGCCAAAACGACAACUUUUAUUCCUUGCUAGUUUUGUUGCUGUUAGCUUAAUAAGUUUAGUUUUGUUUGCUAUCUUUUCCUUUUCAGUUUGCAGUGUUUUCCGUUCUUGGUUCAAGAUGAUUUAGGUAACUGGCAAAAGUUGUAAAGGCCUUCCGAAGAAUUAAAAAUUUUGAACAGCAAAUGGACUAUUUAUUGCUGCAUUAAAUUAACAAUACACUAAUGAAGCAUUAAAAAAUGACUAUUAUUCCGCUAAUCAACGUCCUGAUGUUACACGGGAAAGUUAUCGUUACCGUAGCCUAAAUAGCGUGUAGUGCAGGAGUGAUAUAUUCAUUCAGGCGAACAAGCGUUUAGUAUUUCUUGUAUUUAGUCUCUGCCUGGAAUUUGAAAAGAAGAGGUAGACUGGGGACAGUAGAAAGUGCGAUCGUUGGGGUGGACUAGAGGGGUUUAGAAAUUCUUGUCUGUCUACCUCGCCCCUUUUGCCAACCCUCUGUGUGGCGUUCGUCAAGCAAAGUUAUAAUGAUUUCCUCCAGAAAAGAUAUGAAUUGUAGACUAUAGACAAAAUAUCCCAAAGCAUU